CACCCCUUGUAGUUUCUACAAGAUCUGAACCCCAGGGACCCCAGAAUUGCAGAAACUGAUCUCCACUCUCUCCCAGAGAACAAACUAGACACCCAGGUGGGGCCUCCAGGGGAGCGCGGCCACCAUGGCUCUGAAGUCCCUCAUCCUGUUUUCACUGCUGGUCCUGGUGCUGCUGGUGCUCGAGGGGGCCCAGCCUUCCUUGGCCCAGGAUUUCCAGCGGAAGCACAUAGACACCAGUAAUGGCCCCUUUGGCCGUCACUACUGCAACCAGAUGAUGAGGCGCCGGAAUCUUUUAAGCAGGACCUUCAACACCUUUGUGCACGCGUCCCUUGCAGCUGUCCAGGCCGUCUGCCGUGAGCCAAACAUCCGCUGCAAAAAUGGGCGGAACAACUGCCACAGGAGCAGGAAUCAAAUGAGCAUCACAGACUGUAUUCUGACACGCAGGUACCCCAUCCCUAACUACAAGACCAUCAACAGGAAGAAAUUCAUCAUCAUUGCCUGUUUGGGGAACCAGCUCUACUUUGAUCAGUGGGUGUAGGUCUCCAGCUUAGGUUGGACAGAGAUGCACCCCCACCCCGACUCAUGCUUGUGGCUCCCACUCUCUUGAGCUCUUCCCUCUUUGCCCUGAAGGGAAUAACCCAAGUUGGGCUCCUGGCCAUCCCACAGCAGCAUCCCUGCCAGAGGCUUGUACCACGUGGCUUUGGAGGGUGGGACAGGCGUGUGUGGGGUCCCCUGUUAACCUCCUCACUGCUUCUUUCAAUAAAACUCACU